ACCUAGCCGCCCGGCUCCGACUGGCUGAUAAAAAUUAUUAUUGAAUUGAAUCAAAAAUCAACCUCUCGCUCGUAUCAUAGUACCUAUCUUUAGUUUCGUUCGAAGUUAUUUUAAUUUUCCUUAGUUUACUAUGUAUGAAAUAAUCUUAUGAAAACGUAAAAUGUGUUUUAUAUAAUGUCAAGUGUUCCAUGUAUGAUACCAUUGGCUGCUGAUAAAAUAUUAGAAGAUAUUGAAUUCCGUUUAAACUCUACAGAUAACAAACAUUUCAGAUGAAGAUCUGUUAUCCUUGCAUUCAGUGUUUGGCAUAGUCUUACAACGAGCCUUCGAUAUACUAGAAAAACAUCCUAUCCUUGUUGCUUACCAUACAGCGAAAAAGACGAGAAUUUUGAUUGAAAUAAAGGGAGAGAAGGGUCAUUGUUAUCGCGUUUUUCCAAGAAUAAACUAUUGUCCGUGUCUUGCUUUCAAGCAUCAAGUUUUGGAACGAAAAAGCCAAGUUUUCUGUAAACAUGUGUUGGCUGCACGAGUGGCUCAGAUGUUGAACCAAUUAACUUACCAUGAGGUGACACAUGACCAGUAUUUGAUGUUACUGAAUUCUAUGUUUGAUUUAGAAGACAAUAAUGGAUGAUGGGAUAUCAGACUAUUACUUUACAGCAUCAAUGGAUUCUGGCAAGAAUUUAUGCAAUUUGUUGAAGGCUAUCCAGUUCCAAGAGUCAGCUGUGUUCUGUGCCUUACCUGAGGGUUUGAAACUGACGGUGGAGGAAGGGAAGUGUGUUCAAGCCUCUGCGUAUGUGCCUGCUGAUAACUUCACGGAGUAUCAUGUCAGAGAUGAUGUUGAUGUUAUGUUCAAAAUAAGUAUAGCAGUAUUGGCUGAAUGCCUCAACAUAUUUGGCUCCGGUGAAGAAUCCAGUUUGAAGAUGUACUACAGAUGUGAAGGAUCCCCUUUACUGCUUGUAUUACAACCUCAAUCGGUCAACAAUGUGAUGACAGACUGUGAAAUCUUUACACAAACAGCAGACUCUAUCCUUGAGCUCCGAGACGAGGACACGCCCGAAGUGGCCAAACUAGUACUGAAGGCGCCGGCUUUCCUCGGCCUCCUGGCAGACAUUGAGAGGUCCUGUGAUAUCAUUGAGAUUAACUUGUCACCUGAACAUCCUAAUGUCAGCAUUAUUACAUAUGGAAUGCAAGAUAGAUCAUGUAUCGACGUGCCAAAGUCUUCGGAUAUGAUGCAGAGUUUCAGUUGUGAACAACCAGUGACCUUGAAGUAUCAGCUGCAUCAUAUUAGGCUCAUUAUGAAGGCCCUCGGUAUAUCAACAAAGGUAGUGUUGAGGUGUAGUUCGAACGGCUUACUCUUGCUGCAGUUAAAAUUAGAAGAUCAGCGAGACCAAAAACAAAUGUUUUCAGAAUUCUAUAUAGUUCCAUUGCUUGAUGAUUAAAAAAAUAUAGAAUAUUUCAUAAUAUGCAACAAAUACUGUUAAAAUAAUUUUAAGUAUGUUUUGUAUUGUGAAGGCCUUGUAAAAUAAAAUUAUAUUUUACAAAA